AUGGCCGCUGCGGACUACUACAACCCGGGCGGCCAGCAGCAGCCAGGUGGACAUCCACCAGCCCCAGCCCCAGCAUAUCCGCAGCAACUGCAUCCGUCGCAGCAGAACAACUCGCUGAACGUCAAUCCUCCGUAUCCCAUGUCCGACGCUCCUCCCCCAUACACAGCCUACGCCGAGCCUCCACGACCUCACUCGCAACCGCCGCCGCAGCAUCGACCUCCCGUCAACGAUCAGUAUAGACCGCCGCAGCCUCCGAACGGUCAUGCGCCAACCCAUGCCUAUCCUCCAGACAAAACACCUCGACCUGUACCGGGGGUGCACAAUAUGUACAAGCCGUCAGACUUUGGUGGUGGAGGAUCACAUACACCACAACCCUACCAACAACCCGCACCGCAGCCACAUCCCCAGCAAGGUCAAGAAUACUUCCCACUAGCAGGCACACCCGCCAUGGCACAAGUAUAUGGAAACGGCAACAACAACGGCCGCAGACCAUCCACAACACCAGGCUACAGACCCCCCCGCUCGCCCUUCCGCGACGACCACAAGCGCGACGGAUCCAGAUCCCGCAGCCGAAGUCGCAGCCGCAGCCGCCAUCGAAAACAACACCACCACGACCGACCCCAGGGUCCGCGCAAGAAGUCCUCCGGCGUGAACACCUUUCUGGGCGCCGGCGGCGGUGCGCUCAUCGGAGACGCCAUCUUUCCCGGGCUCGGCACGCUGGGCGGUGCGAUUCUGGGAGGACUCGGGGGACACGAGUACGGCAAGCGACGACCGCAUAGUAACCCGAAUCGAUCGCGGGGGAGGAGUUAUAGUAAUGAUUUUGACUAUGGGGAUGAGUAUCGACGGGGGAGGAAGUACUGA